CACGAACGAUACCAACAUCGGAAAUGACAACAUCAAUUAUCCAAUGGCCAGAGAAUACCACUCGAUCAUUAAUUUGUAACGUCGACAUCAUCACCGAUUGUGAAAGUUCCAGGAGUCAUUCUGCUUUAUGGACGAGUAUUUCAGAUGACGCUUAUUAUGAGGAAGGAUAUAUGGACCGACUCGGACGAGAUUUGCAUGUAGAUCGACGUCGAACGAAUACCGCCAAAAGAAUACCUCCUCGAUCACGUUCCCGUUCUCAUUUCACGAUCUCGUAG